AUGGCCGAUCCUGUAAUUGGUGCUACUGUUCAGAUUGUGCUUGAGAAACUGCUUUCUCUCACUACUAUUGAGGAGGUCAGAAGUUUAAGGAACUGCGAGAAAAAUCUCAGAAUGCUAACAAAAUAUGUAUCCAUCAUCCAAGCUUUCAUUCAUGAUGCUGAAAGACGACAAGUCAACGAUAAGGCUGUGGAAGAAUGGCUCAAGAUGCUUGAGAGAGUUGCUGAAGAUGCUGAAAAUGUGUUUGAUCAAUUCAGAUAUGAAUCUCUAAAAGCACAAGUGAUGAACAAUCGAACCAAACUAAUGGAAAAGGUCAGCAACUUCUGUUCUUAUACUGCUUUCAAGUACAAAAUGUCUCGAAAAAUAAAAAGCAUCAAUGAAGACCUGAGGGAUAUCAAUCAGUUAGCCAACAACCUCGGUCUCCAAUCACUGAUGGUUCCUUCUCGGAAAAUGCUACCAAUUCGAGAAACAGAUUCCAUAGUAGUUGCUUCGGAUGUUGUUGGUAGAGACAAAGAUGUUGCUGAAAUAAAGGAGAAGAUUUUGAACAUGAGAAAGGAAGCUGUUCUGUGCACCAUUCCCAUAGUGGGUAUGGGGGGUUUAGGGAAAACUACUCUGGCUAAGAGAAUUUUCAAUGACCAACACAUCAAGCAGCAGUUCGAAAAGAGAGUUUGGUUGUGCCUACCUGAAAUGGUAGAAACUAAGAGCUUUCUUGAACUGAUCCUCGAAUCAUUGACAAAGAGGAAAGUUGAGGUCCAAAGCAGAGAUAUAAUAGUCAAGACGCUACAAGAUGCAUUGGGAGAAAAAAAGUAUUUGCUUGUCCUGGAUGAUUUGUGGCGUGUUGACUCUACAUCGUGGCAUGAGUUCAUGGACACCUUGAGAGAAAUAAAUACAUCCAGAGGAAACUGCAUUCUCGUGACUACUCGUAUCAAACAAGUGGCAUCCACAGUAGCAGUAGAUCUUCAUAUGUUGGGGAAAUUAACAGACUAUCAUUGUUGGUUCAUUUUUAAACAAAGAGCGUUUGUUGAUGGGGAAGUUCCGGAGGAAAUACUGAGCAUGGAAAACAAGAUUGAUGAUAUGUGUCAAGGUCUACCGUUGGCUGCAAGUGUGUUGGGAGGCCUCUUAUUCAACAAGGAUAAACAUGACUGGCAGGCAAUUCUUGAUGGCAACCCCCUUGUUGCAUGGGAAGAUGUUCUUCGGGAAAAUAGCAUAAAGAAGAUCCUAAAACUAAGUUAUGAUUAUCUACCAUCUCCACAUCUGAAGAAAUGUUUUGGUUACUUUGCAAUGUUUCCAAAAGAUUUUGAAUUUGAAAAGGACCAACUAAUCCAACUCUGGAUGGCAGAAGGGUUUCUUUGUCCAUGUCAAGAGACCACUGUGAUGGAAGACGUCGGGAGCAAGUUUUUCCAACUCUUGUUGCAAUAUUCUUUGCUGCAAGAUGUUAAGCUAGAUGAGCUCAAUAAUAUAACACAUUGUAAGAUGCAUGAUCUUGUGCAUGAUUUGGCUGGAGACAUUUUAAAGUCUAAACUAUUUGAUCAAAAGAGUGUUGGCUGGAGAUACUUUGGAUGGGACUCACCAAGUGAUCAAAUAGUUAAGAUAAACGAGCCAGGACGUUUGAGCACAUUGUUCUGGAAAAGAAAUAUAUCUGAAGAUAUGCUAUUGAGCUUUCACUUCUUGAGAGUUUUAAAUUUGUCCAGGUCAGGCAUCGAGGAGUUGUCAGCCUCGAUCGGCAAGCUAAUAUACUUGAGAUAUCUUGAUGUCUCGGACACUAAGAUCAAAGCCUUGCCCAACUCCAUUUGCAAGCUCUACAAUUUGCAAACACUUAGAGUCAAUGACUGUUAUUUUCUCAGGGAGCUUCCAGAAGAAAUGCCAAAUAUGAUAAGUUUGAGACACAUAUAUUGCUACCAUCGUUACGGAUCAGAUAUGCAGAUGCCACUAAAUAUGGGGCAAUUGACUAGUCUUCAGACGCUACGAUUUUUCUACUUAGGUUCAGAGAAAGGUCGUCGGAUAGAAGAAUUAGGUCGUUUGAAAAACCUUAGAGGUGAAUUGACGAUCAAAUGUCUCCAAUUAGUCGGAAAUAAAGAAGAGGCUCAAACAGCAUAUUUACAGAAGAAACCAAAUAUCUACAAGCUGGUGUAUUUAUGGUCCCAUAAUGAAUCAGAAGGCUGUGAGAUCAAUGAUGAGCAUGUGUUGGAUGGUCUUCAACCGCAUCCUAACUUGAAAACCUUAGAAGUGUGGAACUAUUUGGGGACUAAAUUUCCUUCAUGGUUCAGUGAAGAAUUGAUACCAAAUUUGGUCAAGUUGAUAUUAAGUGGUUGCGAAAGGUGUAAAGAAAUUCCAUCUCUUGGUCAACUGAAGUUCCUUCGGCAUCUUGAGCUGAUAGGAUUCCUUGAAUUGGAAUGCAUCGGACCUACAUUUUAUGGUAUUGAGAUUAAUGAUAAUGGAUCAAGCAGCAAUAAUGGCAAAAUUCAAGUGUUCCCAUCAUUGAAAGAACUAGUAUUGGAGGAUAUGCAUAGCCUUAUUGAGUGGAAGGGAAAUGAAGUUGGAGUAAGAAUGUUUCCUAGGCUUGAGAAGUUGACGAUUACAGAGUGUCCACUGUUAAAAAGUACUCCAACUCAAUUUGAAAUCGUCCGUGAAUUAAGAAUUGAAAGAGUUGACAGUGAAAUACCAUUGUUGAACUUGUGCAGCAACUUAACAUCUCUUGUGGAUCUUUUUGUCGAUGAAGUGAAAGAGCUCACUUGUUUACCCGAUGAGAUGCUACGCAACAACGUUUCUCUUCAAUUCCUAUCAGUCUCAAACUGUCGAGAGUUUCGUGAAUUACCACAAAGCUUGUACAAUCUCCAUUCUCUUAAGAGAUUAGAGAUUGGCAGCUGCACCAAUUUCGGUUCUUUUCCUGUUCCCAGUGGAGAGAACUAUUUGACUUCCCUCCAACAAUUUUCAUUACGGGAGUGCAAUGGAUUGACCAGUUUACCAGCUGGAUUGCUAGAGCAUUGUUGGUCUCUGGGACUUUUGGUGGUCAGGAAAUGUGACAACUUAGUUUCCUUGCCUUUACAUGUGUGGGAAAUGCCUUCACUUUCAUAUUUUUGUUUAAAAAAAUGUCCCAAAUUGAUUAGUGUACCCACAGGGGGGCUUCACUGGGUUACAGCAUUCACAGGGUUACAGCAUUUGGUAAUUGGUCCUUUCUCAGAGAUGGUGGAUUUUGAGGCAUUCCAGUUGAUAUUUAAUGGCAUUCAGCAGCUGUCGUCCCUUUGUGCAUUGGAGGUGUACGGACAUGGGCACUGGGAUUCUCUGCCCUAUCAGCUUAUGCAACUCUCUGCCCUAACACAGAUCCGUAUCUAUGAUUUUGGAAUCGAGGCUCUUCCUCAUAGAUUUGGCAACCUUACUUCUCUUAUAUGA